UAUAGUGUGAAACUUUGCAUCCUCCAAGUCAAGAUUGAAUUGUAGAAAGAAAGAGCAAUAACCCAAUUCAACUCCAUAUUACUCAGACGAUGGAUGCUUCAUUAAUUUCACAACUAGCAACUUCCAUCUUCGACACCACUUUUUUCCAUAGAAUUCUUGUUAUUUUUCAAUGGAGAUACUUAUAAGCUUAAACGGUAAUAGGACUGCAACUUUAUACUCAAGCCAUUAGUUCAUCAUCCUUCACCCGCCUAUUUCUGCUACUGAAAACUUGCAUCAUACAAUAAAACAAAAAUGGAUUACUGGGGACUGCUUGUCUUCCUUUCUCAGAUCAUUGCAACCUUCGUUGGCCUAACCAAUUCGCAGCCUGAUUUGCGAUACCACUUCUGUACUGGAGAUAAUGAUACUACGAGCAUGUAUGAGGUAAAUAAGAACACCCUCCUCCACUCCCUCUCCUCCAAUAUGGAUAUAUAUGGCUUUUACAAUUCCUCUCUUGGCCAAAACUUCGAUAGAGUUAACGCAUAUGCACUUUGUCGAGGUGAUGUCAAGCUUGAUAUAUGUCGCAGUUGUGUCACCAACUCUACUCUUAAGCUCAUGCAACUUUGUCCAAACUACAAGGGGGCAAUUGGAUGGUAUGAUCUUUGUACGUUAAGGUACUCAAAUCAAAGUCUAUUCGGCAUAGUGGAAGGUGGCCUGAGCAUGACUGCAUAUAUUUAUUCCGGUGGGGUUUCAGACGUGAUUCAGUUCAAUUCAGUACUAAGGACAUUGUUGGACAGUCUACGGAGCCAAGCAGCAUCAGGUGGUCAUCUACGUAAGUUUGCUACAGGGAACAUGAAGGGCCCUCACUUUCUAACGAUAUAUGGGCUUUUACAAUGCACUCCUGAUUUAUCUGACUUGCUUUGUAACGAUUGCCUGGAUGGGGCUGCUGGAGAAAUACCAAGAUGUUGCAAUGGAACAACAGAACUGUGGAUUCUAAAACCUAGUUGUGCUCUUAGGUAUGAUAUCAAGCGUUUCUAUGAUGAAACACCAGCUAGUGCACCACCGCCGUUGCAGUUGCCAUCGCCACCACCACCAUCAGCUUCUCCAGGCAAGGGUGAUAGCACGAGUCGAACUGGCAUCAUUAUUGUCAUUCCAAUCACCGUCUCGCUAAUUCUUAUUAUAUCUAUUUCAAUCUAUCUUAGAAAGAGAAAGCAUAUGAAUUCCAAGUACAAAAUUGACGAAAGUAAGUUCAAAAUGAUUUUUGACCAUAUUUUACAUUAACACCAUAAUCAAUUUCUAACUCAACAAUUGUGUCCAUUAUAAGGUAGGAUCGUUGUUGCAUUCUGGUUUAAAGUGUUGGCAUGAUAGCUUAAGAGAAUGGUGGGGUCAAAGGUUCAAAUAUCAAUCAUUGAGAUUUGAAAACUAUUUCCCGCAAUAAAAAAAUGUUAUGUGGUAGUUGAGAUGUAAUGCAUAACUAUAUCUUUGUGUUCCUCUUACUUCAAAAUUUGUGGUUUAUUUCUCAUGAAGCCAUGGACGAAGACAACAAUGCACAAUUUUUGCAGUACGACUUUGGUACUAUGAGAGUUGCUACAAGUAACUUCUCUGAUAGUAAUAUGCUUGGAAAAGGCGGAUUUGGGAAUGUUUACAAGGGUAGGCUUUCAAAUGGGCAAGAAAUAGCUGUGAAGAGGCUAUCCAUGAAUUCCAAACAAGGUGACCUGGAAUUUAAGAAUGAAGUCUUGUUGAUGGCGAAGCUUCAACACAAGAAUUUGGUUAGGCUCUUAGGCUUCUGCCUUGAAGGGACUGAAAAACUUCUCAUAUAUGAGUU